CUCUGCUUGGCUGUCAGCUCGCUUCGACCACGUAGCAGCUUCCUGGCGGCGGCAGCAGCUUGUCUCUGCUCUCACCCGCACGCACUCACGCACGCACGCAGCCGCACAGGCUGACACUCGCAGGAUCCAUAGCCCAUGUAGGCGCAGACACAGCUCCCACUUUGGAUUUUAACACCGAACCGGACCAGAGCGGCAAUGGACCUCUUUGAAUUCGACUUUUUCCGGGACUGGGAGCUCGAACAACCCUGUCAUCUGGAGUCAGAGCGCAGCGUCUUGAAGAGGAGAGAGUGGGAGAGGAGGACUCAGGAGGUCCAGCAGGAUGAAGACCUGUUCUCAACUGGAUUUAACCUGUUUGGAGAGCCCUAUAAGACUAAUAAAGGUGACGCCUUGGCCAGUCGUGUCCAGAACACGUUGGGCUCCUACGAAGAAAUGAAGGAUCUGCUAACCAGCCACUCCAACCAGAGCCACUUGGUGGGGAUUCCUAAAGGUAGCACAGCCAACAAUCUGCAACAAACGCCAAGCUUUUCGGAAAGACCCGCCGCGGAGUCCCAGCUUUUCAACGAGGCCCUGAGAGGAGACAUGGGGGGAGGAGGAGCAGAGGGAAGUGGAGAAAAGAGGACAGGAAGUGUGCCAUCGUCAUCGGCAUCGUGCUCGGCUCCAAUGCAGCCGCCUGCUGUGGCAAGCACUGCAACAAUCGCGCAUCAGAAUUUGAAAAAGUCAAGAAACUCCAUGGACUGGUCAAGGGGGUGCCAUGGACAGAGCACCCAGGCAGCAGGCCUCAUUUUGGGAUCAGGACAAAACAGACAGGGGCAGCUUUCGUCAGGAGCCACCGGCAGCAGAGGGAAAACGUCUACGACAGAGGAGCAGCAAAUACAGAGGCACGAGGAGCUGUUUAGUUCACUUAAAGAUGUGCUGGGCCUGAAGGAAGAUUCAAGCCCCUCUUCCUCCUCUUCGUCGUCUUCUUCCUCAUCUUCUUCUAGAAGGCAGUCUUCUCACUCAUCUAAAACACAUUCCCUUCCAGAUGGAAGUUUCCGGUCGUCCACCACAGAUGCUUGCCACUUUAAGUCUUCCUCCAACACGGAAAACGGGGGAUCUUUCAAAUUGUCACCCUACGAAAAUGAAAGUGGCUCUCAGCUUUCUUUAAACUCCUCCCCACUGGCCUCCACCUCCAUUCUGACCACUCCCACUCCCGGUCUAACCACUCCCACGUCUGGACUGAUGACGCCCACUUUCCCACCCGGCACCCUGUCGGGGAAGCCAAUUGCUGUGCAGCAGAAACCCACGGCCUAUGUUCGACCAAUGGAUGGCCAGGACCAGACACCAAUGGACUCUCCGCAGCUUAAACCCCCUCUAGUGGCUGCAGAAGGCUUUAGUAAUGGCCAGUCUUUCAGCGGGGCUUCAGGAAAUGCGAAGAAUAAACUGCCAAAGCUGAGUCUCAGUCACACAGAGGAGGUCAGCCUUCCAAACGAAUCCAGCUGUGUGGAAGAGAUCUUGCGGGAGAUGACCCAUUCCUGGCCGCCUCCUCUCACAGCCAUACACACUCCCGGAAAAGCGGAACAGACCAAGUUUCCCAUCCCCAACAAGGAGGCGCAGCAUGUGACGUCAAGCUACAACCCUCAGAAGAGAUGCCCUGUUCCAGCUAACAAGCCUGCUGCUAAAGCACCAACGGCACCACAGAAGUCGAUGUUGGAGGAUGACUUGAAGAUUAGCAGUGAUGAAGAAGAAGCUGAACAGGCGCCUGACAAGAACAAAGCCAGAGGCACAACGGCGAGUGGCGGCUCAGGGAGCAGCAGCGAAUCAGAGAGCAGCUCAGAGUCCGACACAGACGAGUCCGAGAGCAGCUCCAGCGACAGCGAGUACAAUCAGGCGUCCCGCACAAACACCCCAGAGCCUGAGCCCCCCUCCACAAACAAAUGGCAGCUUGACAGCUGGUUGAACAAAGUCCAAGCUCAGACCAAACCUCUUCCUCCUCCACAGCAGGAACUCCAUGGCACAGGCUCCAGCAGCCAGGACUCGCAGCCUUUCUCUCCCAGGAACGAAGCAGCAGGAGUGGGAACCGCUGCCAAGUCCAAACCCAGCGGAUCCAACAGUGUGCCAGUUCCCGCUGCUCCUGUGGUGGAGCACAAAGAUACCAGGGCGACCUUCUGCUCUGGCAGGGAGAAAGCCAAAGCAAAGACCAACCAGAAAGCCUCAGGGGAGAGCCAGAGAUCCAAAAUCAGGCUGUCGCCGGGCCUGCUGUCGGGCCAGGAGGUCACAACCCCACGGAGGACCACCACUGGGAAGAAGCAGCCGGUCGGGCGGGUGGAGAGAUCCGCCAGCGGCGAGGAUAAUCAGAACCAGACGUGGAGCAGAGCGAACCAGCACAGCCCCACUUCUCGAGAGAAGGACCUGUUGCCUCCCCCUCCCCUGGAGCAUCAGAACCCCCCGAGGCCGCGAAGCAAACCUCCCAGUGGGAAAACAGCCCCACGGAAGGAACCUCGCAGUGCAACAAACCCAAACAACAACGCUGCCACUCCACCAGCAGCUCUGCAGCAAAGUGCCGCUCCGGUGCCGGCUGUCACUGUAAACCAGGACAAGAAGAAACACAGAGGCCCCAGCACCAGAAUCACACCAAAGUCCAGGGAAUUCAUCGAGACAGAUUCCUCCUCCUCGUCGGAAUGCCAGUCGGAUGCGGAGGAAGCGGUCAAAAUGCCGGCCCUGCCGGCCCAGACCUCACGCUCCACCAUCAACACACAGACUCUCUCCAGCACACACAUGCACACGGCUCUCCAGCCGUGCCCGGCCUCUGCCAACCCUGUAGGAAGUCUGGGAGCGAAUGGGAGGACGGGAUUCCGGGUUAAAGAUGGUAGCAUCCUGACAACUAAUGGUAGCAGCAGCGUUAGCAGUAGCAGUAACUCUCUAAGCAUCAGUACUAUAAGCACUACUUUUGGCAUUUCUGUUCCUGACCCUGGGGGGACUGGCGGGCAGAGCAAGGUGGAGCCCCUGUCACCUUCUAAUGUGGGGCAGGAGGUGCCUCCGUCCCCGCUGAGGGAAUACCACGAGAUCCAGAGUUUGUGGGUGAAAAUUGACUUGAGUUUGCUCAGCAGGGCGCCAGGUCAGGGUGUAGGUGAAAGAUCCAGAGUGGGAAUUGCUGAAAGAGAGGAGAGCGAAGGACGAGACAGAGAAAGACUGAAGCUGAACAAGGGGGAGAGACAGGUGGAGGAAAAUGAGAGAUUAUUGCUGCUCAGAGAAGGGCAAGCCGACAGAGACGACAGGGACCGCUUCGCGUUUGGAGAAAGGGACAGAACAAGAGACAGGGAGAAGAUUUGCCAAGGUCUGGGGAUCCUGGACAACCCCCCUGUGCAGGAACACGGUAAUCCCAGGCCGUCUGGAAGAGGAGAGCCAGCUGAGGGCGGAGCAAAAAACAGAAGACAAUCCACCGCAAACACGCCGCUUUCAGCCGAAAAACACGCCAGCAAGAGCAAGAGGAAACACAAGCUGGAUCACGGAGAACCUUCAGGAAGGUGCAGUAAGAAGGUUCGUCUGGACAAAGACUGUCUGCUGUUGCCGCCCUGCAUCUCUCCAAUCCACAACCACAAGAACAGCUCCGCAGACACUUUUAGUCGAAAGCAAACUCGACGACAUGACGAUAAGAUGCUCCCGCCACUUUUGUCCCCACUUUCCGACGAACCUCCCAGGAAAGCAACUUGCGACAGCAGUACUCCUAUCAGCCAGGAGGGCGGCGCCCCCGGGAGGCUGCCCUGCUCCUAUGCCCCCACCUCAUCCUCCUGUCACAGACACAAGAGGGGUGAAGGAAAGGCUUCCUCACAUGUGAGAAAUGGCAUUGAAAUGAACUCACAUGGCGAUAAACUCUGUGGAGAAGGUCACCAUGCCAACAGUCAGUCAGACUCAGAGGUUUGGUUGGAACCAUUGAUGGACUCUACUGAACCUCGCAGGCCAAGGCUGUCAUUUACUGACACGGUCCGCGGUGCAGACUACUACAUGCAGGAAGCAAAGAGACUGAAGCACAAGGCCGAUGCUUUGAUGGACAAAUUCGGUAAAGCGGUGAACUACGCAGAUGGUGCCCUCUCCUUCAUCGAGUGUGGAAACGCCAUGGAGCGAGAUCCACUCGAGGCCAAAUCACCAUACACCAUGUACUCCGAGACUGUGGAGCUAAUCAGGUACGCCAUGAGGCUGAAGAACUUCACCAGCCAUUCAGCAACCGUCUUGGAGAAGAGACUAGCUGUGCUGUGUAACCGCUGUCAGUCUCUGCUGUAUCUGAGGAUGUUCCAUCUGAAGAAAGACCACGCUGUCAAGUACUCACGGUCGCUCAUGGAGUACUUUAAGAAUUCAGCCAAGAGUUCCCACCAAGCGCCCUCUCCCUGGAGGACCAAUGGAAAGGUCAACGGGACCCCAUCGCCUCUUUCUCUCAGCCCGUCUUCAGUCAGCAGUGGAGGAGCAGCAGGAGGAGGAGGAGGAGCAUCGGGGUCAUCAGGAAGUGUGGCAAUCCCCCAGCGGAUCCACCACAUGGCUGCCAGUCAUGUCAACAUCACCAACAACAUCCUGAGGAGCUAUGAACAUUGGGAGACGGCGGACAGACUGGCCGCCGAAAGCCACAACUUCUUCCAGGAGCUGGACGCAGUCAUGGAGCCUUUGAGUCAGCAGAGCAGCAUGACGGAGCUGGUUCGUUACAUCAGGCAGGGACUGCACUGGCUCCGCAUCGAGGCUCACCUGUUGUAAAGACUGGACUUGAAUCAAAAUACAAUAACCCUGACAUGACGCUUCACUUCCCCUCUGAGGUCCUUCAAACGUGGUAAAGUACUGGCAUCACCCUAAACGGAGCUCAAACCAAAUUAGUUUGAGCAAUAAGUGAAUGUUGACACAUCGUUUAGUCACAAAAUACAAACUAGUUGGUUGCAGAUUCGGAUUUUCUAGCAAAGAAAAAGCAGUUUAAUCACAGCUCAAAUGCAUUAAAGCAGGUAAAUAUUUUAAAAAGAUAAGUAAAGACUGAUGAGACUAAAGGAGCUUAUUGUGGACAAGGAGCUCAACGAAGGCUCAUCUCCUUCAGCAGAAGACCAGAAAUAUGUCAGUGAUUGGAACUCAGAGUUAAGGGCCUCGGGCAGAUAUUGAUCCAAAUGGAAAAGAAGCAGUCCAAUCCAUCAGAUAAGGACCACACUGGUAAAGAAAAGAAAAAAAAAAAAAAAGCUGCACUGUGAACACUAAAGCUGAGUUAAUGGAAGCUGAGGUCAGUCCCCCGCCUCGGUUUCAGUCCGUCGUCAGUCUUCAAAGACGCUGACAACCAGACGGCGUGCACAGCAUGAGCUCACCCCUCACUCGCCUGGGUUACCCCUGCACUCAUAAGUCACACUUCAGAGUUUUAUUCAGUCGCAGAAAAAUAACCACAGAUUUCAAACAGGGAGAGAUCAGAAGUUGAGAAACGGUAAAAGAUGCAGAGAAAAAUUUGUUAAUGAGUUAUUAAAAAGCGCUGUGUAAACAAAUGGUGUUUGUUUGGAAAAAAUGUAAAACUUGCAUACAUUUAAAGUUUCUGUCAAAGUUGGGGUUGGAAACCCUUUCUGCUGGUUUAAAAAUUAACAACAGUCUAAAACCGCAUUUUCCUUUGGAGUGGGUCUUUAAAUAUACGGAUUGUCAAAUAGAGUUUGAUUAAUGGAUUUAAAAGAAGUGGGAAGGAGGGAAUUUAUAAUGCCACUCCAAUUAGGGGUAAACAUUAAUUUGAACAACAAUAAAUCCUACAUGUAACUAAUAUUUUUAAAUGGUUGCUAGAGUGACCAAAAAGGGCAUCAAACUGCUGUGCUGCUGCAGGUGGCCAUAGGUUAGGGUCCCUCUGACAAAGCUUUGCAUACAUUUUCAAAGUUACACAUCUGUGGUUUCUGUAGCUGGUUACAUUAUUUUGGGGUUAGCGUCCCAACAGCUGGACCUCCAUCCAUCAAAACGCUGCAUCUUUCUGGUCCUUUGUCUGGGUGGUUAUGGGCUUUUGUGUACUCUGUCAUUUCCAAAGUCGCCCAUAAAAGGGUGUAAAACACUGACGAGGGAUGAUUCCAUAACUAAUUAGAAUUUGGCUUAGACACCCCCCCCCCCCCCAACACAUGCACACACACACACACACACACACACUCGCGGAGGCAUCACACCUCCGUCCUGCUUCCCUGAUGUCAAAGUACAGCUGUUACUUUGCAAAGCACUUACCAAGAUCAAACCAACUGCCAGGACUCAUGGUUGUUACCCAACUUUUGCUGUGUUGUGUUGUUAGUGUGUAUACAUGUACAGCUAUUUGUCAAGUCUAUCCAAAUCAUCCCGCUCCAGCCAACAGAAAUGAUGUUUGUUUACCAUAAUGUACAGACUGUGACUCCUGGAAGCGCUGUUCUUGUUUUUGAAGUGUCCUGCUGACGAUCCAUUUCUAAGUGAGAGGAAAAGUGACACAUGCAAACUGUUCACAGCCACGCCAAAGUGAAGCUGCACCCUUUAAAUGUCAAUUUUUUACACACCAGAACAUUGGAGCCUAUCAGGAAUUAGAAUGAGCUGAAAAUGAUCUCAAAGACAUUUUCUUAUCCAGUUAUAUCACUGUGAUCUCUGAAUGGGAUAGCACGUUUAAAAAAGCUAAACAUGAAGUUUUAUUCUGAAAGGUUGCUUAGAAAAAAAUGAUCCUGUCUUUAAAAAUAUCUUUAGUGCUUAAAAAUGUACGGAAACCCAAAGGGACAAAGAUGUGAAAAAACAAAAAAGAAAUCAUUAGUGGCUUCUUGUGCACACCGGAAACUGAUACAUGUGCACCUGAAAAGAAACGGGCGCACACCAGAAACUAUGAAGAAACUUCAGGUGCGCACCUGAAACCAACUGGUACACACAUGAAAUCAACUGGUGCACACACACAAAACCCACUGGUGCACACCUGAAACCAACUGGUGCACACCAUUAAAUCAACCAGUGCUCACCUAAAACCCACUGGUGGGCACCAGAAAAAAAGUAAAAAAAAAAAUAGUGCUGGAUUCUGGUGGGCACCUAAAACUAGUAUUUAAGGGUUGUUGUUGUUGUUUUUAACUUAAAUAUCCAUUUAGGGUCUCCAUAAAUCAUUCAAAUGUCAUUAAAAAAAACAUUCUUUGGGUGUGUUCCCUGUGUAAAACCCCCUGGUUUAAGGAUGCACCUUCUUGCUUAGGCAUGACUGUUUACACAUCGCAUGUGGUCACAGGCUAUGGCUGCUUUUACACAGUGCCAAAUGUAAAGGAUUUUUAUUUUAUUUUACUCUUUGGGGUACAUUUAAACCUGGAGACUACAAUGUUUCUCUCUCAUCUGUUGUCUCAUGUGCUGCAAAGGCUUGAAGUAUGCUUUUUCCAGUGUCUGUAAAUCCAGCACAUCAAGCAUGUGUUUUAUUUCACUUCCUUCUACGCUCGCUGAAUGUGUAUGAAAGACUUCAAAAAAAAGAUAGAGAGUGAAACUCAAGUGCCUCUAUUUGUGUCAACUUUGAAUUGCUCUAUUUAUUUAAAAAGAAAAACAAAGAAUGGAUCUAAAUAAUUUUCCAUACCAUAUUGGUAUAAAAUUGAGAUGUUUUCUUUUCUUCAUAAAAAAAUCUAAUGUUUCCAUGAGCUUUUAUUUUACUGGCUUUUAUGAUGACUGCGGGUUUUUUGUUUUUCAAGACGGGAAACAAACUCGAAGCGGCUGCUGCAUUUCCUCGUCUUGACGGACUGAAUGGAUUCGGGUUUGUCUGAAAUGCCUGAAACGCUGAAAUCACUGCAUGCAAUAAACGGCAGUUUCAGACCAAAAACAAAUGUGUACAAAUGAGAAAGCCUGCAGAUUUUCUGAGUGUCAGUGGAAUAACUUUAAUCAGCUGAAGUCAGCCUCACUGAAUGAACCCAUUCAGAGCAAACAUGCAUAAAGUCCUACAGAAAUCAAUAUGCAGAUGUUUUCAUGAAAAACAAACACCAGCACAUAACUGGGUUUGUGCUUUUUUUUUUAUUUUCUAAUAAGGGAAACAGCCUGGAAACCUAUUUAUACAUACAAUCCCUUUCUUAAAUAAAAUAAAAAUAUCUAAAAGGAAUCAAUCAAAAAUAUGGAUUCCUUGUAGAGAUGGAGGUCUUUGCUUUUCGUCUUCCCUGGGAUGAACAAUCUUUUAGGAUUUUCUGUUUGUUCUUUUUAGACCUAAUCAAAGAUUCCCAAGUCAUCUAAAUAUUUGCGCAAAAACAUAAUUCAUCAAGUCGGAGCAUCAUUUACAGUUUAUACCUUUAAUAGAGCUUCAACUCCAGUGUUGAUGUUCUAUGAAUUAUGUAACUCCACGACCGCAAUUUAAGGUAUUCCAGCAGAUUCUAAAAAGAGGCAAAGUAGCUUUGAGCUGGUAUGCAACAUUUUACAUGAGAAUUAUGUGUUUAUCAGCGCAUGUCAGCUGAUUCUAAUGCGAAGAAAAGCUGCUUUGCAGCAUUAUACAACACUUUAGGUUAGUAAAGUGUACAUAUUUACUUUUGGACAUUUUAAAGACUCACUCUGACCAUCUUUUGAUCUAUUUUCAAAGCGCGCCCAGUGGUCUUUUAAUUAUUACUGUGCCAUUUGUAGUCAAAAAUAAAGUCUGUGUUGUUUUCUAGGACAUAGUUUCUACAGAGUGGCACCCCCAAUGUAACAAUACCAGCUCAACAAAAAAGGUGAGCAAUACUGAAGCUGUCCAGCCGUACAGGUUAGAACCAGAUUUCAGCUCAGACGAGGCAAACCAAAACGUACAUGGAUCCAUUUGUCUGCAAGUGGCUGCGUCAAAAUAGAGCGAAGCAGGGGGCGUGUGGCCUGCUCAGCGUAUUUUCUAUGCGACAAAUAUGAUCUUUUCCAGAUGUCAACAGAAAGAAGCAGAACUGAGCCCCGAGAGGAGACUGAGUUGUAGUGAUAAGCCGCUUUUCUCCGCAAUAACGUGUUAUUUUGCCGUCGCUGGGAAUAUCUCCAGUGUUAAAGCUGUUUUGUAAUUAAAUUUAUUUAAAAAACUGAGUCUGCAUUCCUGCAAUGCUGAAUAAUUAGUUGAAAUUUGUCAAAAAAAUUAUCAAUCACACACACAAAAAAAAUAAAAAAAAAUAAAAAUUAAAACUACACCCCGAUCUGUCUGGCAGAACAUCGAGAAUUUUACACACAGUUCAUUAAAAGUCUGUCUUUGGCCUAAACUUUUACUUUUUUUCGAAGCAAAAUUUCCCAGCAUGCCCCAGUCUACUGCUGACAUCUUAUUAGAUCUGUCAUUAGUUCCUGUUGCAUUAUCACAGUUGUCAACAUGUUUAUGAAAAGACAGCAGCAGCAGAAAAACAUCACGACUGCAGUGAUUACAAUAGACAGCCAAACAGGAGGAGUCUUUUUUAUUUUUUGACAGCAGAUGGUACCAAGCUGAUGAUGCAGUGAUAAUCUCUCCAGCAGUGAAAAAAAAAACACUAAUAUUUGUUUGGAUUUUAUAUAAUCACAAAUAUAUUUUGGGUAUUUAGGAAAUUGUCAUAAUUGCCUCACUUUGUCAGUGAACUUGCAGUGUUUGCAAUGUUUGGUUUCUUUUCCUGUCAGUGUUUAAACAUACUUUAAAGAAAAGGAUCAAAUAAAGACUUAGUGGGAACAACUCAUAAUUUAUGUUUUUGUUAGAUGGGCCAACCUUUCACAAACAUGUAGUUGUUACAACUUUACAAGGAUUGCUAAAUAAAAAUUUUAUAGAAAUAUUCUGAUGCAAAUCAUCUUUUUAACUAGACAAUGCAAAAUAUCCUCCUAAAUUUAACAUUUUUUAUUAUUUUAUUCCGGAAUUAACCAUUUUCAGCCUUCAAAACUAAUUUUAAACAGUUAACCUUUCGUUUUAUGUUAAUUUUUGCAGCUGAAUGUUUUUGUCAUGUGAUAUACUACUACCUUUUGUAUUUCAGAAAUUGAAUCGUUUUUAGUAUGUUAAAUCUCUGGAAGCAAUGCACACCUUGCAUAUACUUAAAUUAAAAUUUAAAAAAAGUUUGCAAUAAUAAAACAUUAGGACUGGAUUAUCUUUGCAAAAAUGUGGUCAAAUAUAUUAUAGCUCGGUUUUACAUUAAACGUAAAAUUACUUUACUUUUUAGACAAAUUGUACUUUUCAAAUGUGAGCUGAACCAACAGGCUCGGUCAAAAGUUAAUACUCAGAAAGGUGAAAUAUUUUCAUGUUUUUAUCUUUGUAACUCUUGGUUUCACAUCGAGCUGUAAAGACAAGCAGAACAGACUUUUUAUUGAAAAAAAAAAAAUGCAAUUUUAAGAUCAAAGCCAAAUUGGUUGUUUCUUCUCCAAAUUAUGUUAACUUUUAGCCAGACUCUGCCUCAAAUGCUGCAUUUCAAAUGUUAUUGCCUCCCUUGUGGAGUGUAAGUGUUAAAUAAUGUGAGAAAUAAAAAUGGUUUGAAGAAAUGACCCUAAAAAUACACAACACUCCGUUAGAGAGUUUUUCUACUUUUUUGUUCACUGCAGCUUAAAGUAAACUUGUAGGUCGGCACUCUCUGAAUUCCUCCUUUUAGUUGCUGCUGGUCACCAAUAUUGAGCCACAAUAGAAGAUACCUGGUACUUGUUUUUUCAGUUCCAGUAAAUCCAUUGACUAGUUUCUUGUGAGGCUUCCAUUUAUUUAGAUUUUCGGCAAACACCGUCUGAGGCUGGUUUCCUUCCAAAUAAAUAAGCAGGCUUAUCUUUAUGGAAAAUGUAAAAAAAAACCCGAGUCCCAAAAAGCCAGGCAUCUGCAGUUUUUAAAGCACCAGCAGUUUGGUGCCCGACAUGAGGCUUAAUAGAUCCAUGACUGUGGUUCUGAUGCACAUCACUGGUUUGAUGCAACAAUGUAAAGAGCUCUGCAAAAUGACACAGAACACAUCUGUCCAACAUGGAUUGUAUUGUUUUUUUUUUGAAUGUGUUGCACAACUUCAGCAGUCUUUUGUUGUUUUUUCAGUGCUAUCUUCUGGCCUUUUCUAUGGCUCUUUUUAUAAUGAGGUUGUUCAAUGUGAUGAUCAAAAGUUGUGAUGCAUUACCAUUAUUUUUAAAUAUUUAUUGUCUCUGAAAUAUGGAAUAAAAUCUGAUCAACCAGU